AUGGGUGUCAAGAUACCUCUUCCUGUUGCUGUGUACUGUGAUAACAAAUCUGCAAUCCAUAUUGCCGAGAACCCUGUGUUCCAUGAAAGGACCAAGCACAUAGAGAUCGAUAUGCAUGUUACAAGAGAGAGACUGAAGACUGGUUUGAUCAAAUUAUUCCAUGUGAGUACAAUCAAUCAACUUGUUGAUAUUUUUACCAAGAGUUUGCACAGGAUUCGACUGAAUGAGCUACUGGACAAGUUGGGAGUCAAGAAGAGCACUCACAACUUGAAGGGGGUGUGA